AUGUCUCCCCGUAUUGCUAUCAUUGGCGCUGGUCCCGGGGGCCUAACACUCGCCUGUAUCCUCGCCCGACACUCAAUCAUCCCUACGGUUUUCGAGCGCGAACCAUCCCCCGAUUGUCGUCAACAGGGCGGAACGCUUGAUCUCCACACCCACUCGGGCCAGCAAGCAUUGCGAGACGCUGGACUAUGGGACCAGUUUCUAAAACACGCUCGCUACGAUGCUCAGACCGCGAAAGUUGUCCUCAAGUCGGGCGAUAUAGUCUUCGAGGAUGGUCCCGAUGAAGAUAAAGAAAGUGCCGGCUCUCGUCCCGAAAUCGAUCGCACGGCCCUGCGCAACAUUCUUCUGGAGUCCUUUGGCAUCAGUAACGUCAAAUGGGAUCAUGCUCUUGCAUCCGUAGAGCCCACGGACGACCAUAAGCACGACCUACACUUUAAGAAUGGCCAAGUCGAAGUUGGUUUCGACCUCGUUGUUGGCGCCGACGGGGCUUGGUCUCGUGUACGCCCUCGCGUCACAUCAAUCGCGCCCUUCUAUUCCGGCGUCUCUGCAAUCGAGUACAAUAUCUCGAAUCCAACUGGCCCUCGCUUCGACUAUAUUAAUGGCCUAGUUGGUAAAGGAAGCAUGUUCUCCUUCAGCGAUCAGAAGAAUAUCACGGCGCAGAGACAGGGGACUGGCAGCAUCCGUAUAUACACCGCUUUCGCUAUGAGCAAUGUCGGGCCCGAUUGGCUCAACAACACAUUCAAUCCAAACGACGUAAUCGCUACCAAGGCGAAGGUCUUGACCUUUUAUGAAGAUUGGGACCCCCGUCUCCGAGAUUUUAUUCAGUUGGCGGAUGACAACUUUAUUGCCUUCCGACCCAUGUAUAUGCACCCUAUCGAACAUACUUGGGAGCCUUGUCUGGGACUAACGCUUUUGGGUGACGCGGCGCAUUUGAUGACUCCUUACGCGGGGGAAGGAGUGAAUAUCACUAUGUGGGAUAGCCUCGAACUGGCGAAAAAGAUCGUCGAAGGUACAAAGUCGGGUGAUUUGAACCGGACAGUGCGAGAGUACGAAACCGACAUGUUCAAGCGAAGCUCUGAAUCUAAAAAGAGGACCGAUAGGAAUAAAGUAGCACUUUUCAGUAAGGAUUUUCCGAAAUCGAUGGAUGCGGUUAUUGAUGAAAUGAGAGGAGGUGGUCUAGAGUCGAACUAG